AUGAAGUUGUCUUCGUCUCUUCGAGUAAUUCUUGGACUUCUCUCUUUAUCUCUCGUUUGCCAAGCUGAAGAUGACUUUGACAAAGGUAAAAUAACAAUAGGAUUAUGUGAAAAUCGGAAAUUUAUGCGAGAAAAGAGGAGAAUGAUAGCGAUGUUUAUACUAAUUCACAUUCACUGUAUUUCAUGUUUCAUCUUGGUUUAAGCUUCGAUUGUCUUAGCAUUUUAUUUCCAUACGUGGCUGUUUAGAUGUGUCUAAGAGGGAUAAAUAUAUGAGCCAACUCUGGGAAUCCCACUGUGAUACGAACAAAUUCCGACAUAUUCUGAUAGGAUCUCCUUUAUUAUCUGAAGGAAAUUUGCUUAGACUGAGAGGGCUUCGGUGCCAAAAUCUAUUCUCUAAGAAUUUACGGUUAAGAAGAUAAAUCUAAGGCCACCGUUUUCAAAUCUGGAACUUAGUUAUUAGUUUAAAAUAAUCGGGGCUUAAUUAUACACUCAAUUUACCUGGAUAUUGAAAUCAGAGUUACUUAUUUCAAGAGUUCUAUAAUAAUUGCCAAAAUUUCUUUAAAGGAUAUACUUUUCUUACUGCUAGGCAGAAUUAUUGAGAUUACACGAUAAUAAAGACAAGAGAACAUUUAAUUUAAAAGUAGAAGAAUCAGAACAUAGAAUUACGCUGGCUAUCGGGCGCCUUUCAAAAGGCUCGUCAAAUAGUUUAUGUAACCUCAGCAAGUACAAGAAUGUAGCACCUUGCAAGUAGAGAAUGGUACCUGUGCGAGAAAAAUUUAGGAAAUGUGGGCAAUUUCAAAACAAACUCUUCACUUAACGGUUAAACUGCUGAAUAAAUGGAAAAAUAAAUAGGCGCUUUAUUCUUGUUCUUUCUUGUUUAAACAAUUGCCCUAAUUAUGUUUAUUAACUGUACGUUUUUCGCUCGCGAAACUUUCCCCGGAUUGUCUAUGACUAAUUCAAGAGCUUUCAUCUUCAGAUUUCAAAGGACAGGAAAGUUGCAAAACACAAAAACGUAAACAAAUUCUUGCUUGAGUUUAAGUUGAUUAAUUUGACUUAAUUCAAUUAAUAAAAAAGUAAACUGGUCUUGGCCGUCCCUUUUUCGAUUUCGUUGCAGGCGGAAUCCUUUGAUAGGAGGUCCAAGAAAUGACACCGAGUCGGCUCUUUCAGUCAAGACAACAUAGAACUCGAACAAAGUAGACCCAGUUAGACGAUUGACGCCAAUUUUAUUUAAUUCAUCGUAACCAUUUAAGUUUCAUAGUCAAAAAUUCAAAGCCAAAAUUUGAAUUCGUCAAUUCAAAGUCACUCUUCUUAUUAUCAUUAUUUUUAAGACGAUUGAUUUUUUUGCAAACAGAAGACAUCUCGUCGGCCGAGCAUCUUCUUCAAAAAAUCGUUCCACUGGGCUCUAUGCCUUCGAUGCCAGACGGCUUCCCUUCCUUAUCAGAGCUGAAAACAGACAAGUUUGAAUACAGCACUAACAAAGGUAAAGUUACAGUUACUGCCGACCUGGAGGAUCCCGUCAGCCUCCUUGGACAAGGAAUGACUCUAAAUGACGUGAAAAUGACAUUCAAUUAUGACAAGAAUAGACCAGAAGGGAAGUGGCAGUUCAACGCGGAAGGUAAGUCCCCCUCAUUUUUAUGUUAAAAAAGAAUGAUGUAUAAUUUCAACAGAUAACUUAUCAGAUACGACAAUGCACAUAUAAUCAUCAUUAUGUGGUUAAGUUGACUAAAAAUUCCUGAGUAAAUAAUUUAAAGCGAUCCUCAGAAUUACCAAAACAUUGGUCCGACGAUCAAAUAUAUCGUGAAAUGGCCGGUAGGCAGUUGUGACCCUUGAUUGGUAUUGAGCUUGCUCUUGUUUACCAUAAAAAACUAUUUCCCCAAGAUAUAGUGGAACUGGGGUCUUUUAAAUAGCCAUAAAAUCGCGAAUGUGGUCCAAUCUUUAUAGCAAUACCUAUUUUGUAGCUAUUUUUCAUUGAAAUUUAAUUACUUGACGCUCAUUCGCAUCAUUACGUUUUCCACGAUUUUCCAGUCGCAUUCAUUUAUCAUUUCAAAAUUGUAGAUUCUGAUUAACGAAACUUUCUUAUCUUUUCCAAAGGCAAAUGGAAACAAGGCAACAUGACAGCAAAAGUGAAGAUCGAAGAGUCCAAAAUUGGUGAUCAUCACACCAUGGUGGCAGCGGCAGACAGACUUAACGUGUACGAUGUUGCAUCCGAGCUCUCAGAGAAGAAAAGUGUUGAACAUGCAGGAAUGAACGUCGAUACUCUAAAGGAACUCUUUUUAACAAACGUUGAGAUGUACUCAGUUUUUAAAGGAAAUGAUGAUUAUGUAUUCAUGAUUUCUGGAGACCCGCUUCUCUCUGACACCCAUUCUACCGAUUGCAAAGUGUUCAUACAUAAAACGCCCGGAAAGAAAAGCGUGUUUUCAGUCUUGCUAGAGUUCAAACACGAUCUCCCUUCGCGAGCUCUCAUAAAACUCGUCAGUGAUGACCUAUUCAAGAUCCCGUUCAUAAACCACCUUAUCGCAAAAACGCGAGUUUUCCGAAAGAGCCGCACAAAUUUUGGCUUUGUUGCUUCAACGGGAGACGUUGACAAGCUUCCACUAAAGUCGUUCGGUGAUGGAAUCCUGGCAGAUGAAUUACAAGCUCAUAUUUCUAAAGGAUUGACCCUCCUGCUUCCAUUCCGCCUCGGGAGCGAAGAGAGGAAGCCGGUCAAAGUCGCAGUAGUUGUUAACCCUCCUUUGGUGAAAUUCAUAACUUCUCGCCACGAACAGGUCAGCGUGGAACAGACCUUGAAAGCAUUGUCACCCAGUUCGAGAAUAAGGGUCCUACCUAAUGGGUUUCCAGAUCUAUCCUCUGUGAACAUCGAUCACUUCAGUUACAAUAUUCACCAAGAAACCUUCACUGUACACGCAAAGUUAUCUGACACUGUCGCCGUAAUUCCCGGCCUUUUGAACGUAUCUGAGACAGAUGUAACGUUUCGCCAUCGAGUUGGAGAUGAAUUCAACACGUGGUCGUUUGAGGGCCAUGGGGUAUCGGAGCUGGGAGGGGCAAAGGCAAAUAUUACCUUGAAAACAGAGGAAGAGACUAAAGUUGUUUUUAUCACAGGAAAGGCAGAAAAGAUGUCGGUGAAGUUACUCGCUCAGCAGUAUGGACUUUCGUUUAUACCGGAUGCUGAAAGUGAUGCCAUCGUUCAAAACAGUCAAAUGAGUGAUUUCGACUUUAUCCAACCAAAAAUCAAAUCCGCCACCUCAGAUAAGCAAAAGAAUCGUUACAUUCACAUUUCAGGUCUUGGAAAUUUCCCUGGUGUUGACAAAGCUACGGAAGCUGAAGCAGUCGUUUAUGAAGACAAAGGGAAACUUAAGACAUCCGUCGGUUUUAUAUUUCCAAAGAUACCCAUGCCGUUUAUAAUCGAGGCUUUGACAGGAUAUGAUGUGGAUAAGUUGAAAAAAUUGCUAAGGAACAGCUUCAACACGUCUCUGGUUCUCUCUUUAGAUGACGACGAUUCUUUAUUCGAGAAUCCAACACUAUCUGGACUCUCUUUCGAACGCGGAAUCUCCAUGGUUGGUCUCUUCCGAAUGCCUGGGGAGUGCCGCCAUGACAAGAUGUGUAAGGCGGCAAAAAGCAUGCUCGAAAGCGAUCAAUGGUACCGGAUCCAAGGUCUUGUGAAACGAGAUGGAUUCAAUCUGGCUGGGAUGGUAAAUCGCAACUAUGUUUUAGGUAAUGGCCUUGUACUGCGAGACAACAUGCUGCAACUCACUAUCAACGAUGACUCGUCCUUUAAUGUGCAGUCUAAGUUAACAUUUCCAAAAGAACAACUUUCCUUCGCUGGAAAUAUCAACUUUGACAACGGUAGUGUGGAGCUGUCCAUGAAGAGCGAGGAUGCUAUUUACCGAUCACACAACGGUGGAUACUUGACAUUCGAUCAGCUAUCCCUUAACACUGAAAUAAUGAAUUCAGUUCCCUUGCAAAAGCUUCCGCUAACAGGAAGAAUGACUCUUGGAAAGUCAGGCAGUGGACAUGAAAUAACGGCACCCUGUUCAAUCUCUUAUCAAGCAAUGCAACCAGACUAUAGCCGAGUAGAGUCCAAGCUAUCUGAGGUCACAAUGUAUCACGUUGCAGAAGCUAUGGGAAUCAACGCAACUCUUCCCUUUCCACUUGCCUAUGCACCCUUCGUGGGUGGUUUGGAAGUGAUCUAUGACCCAGCUAUGAAAACCAAAACCAAUCUCACCAUGAGAGGAAAACUUCAUAUCUUUGAUCGGCAUUUUGACUCUGCGGUUGAGAUGAAUAACUCUGAUCAUAUCCAUCUGACGUCCUCCUACACUAAGUCUCCUUUCGUGUUGUCCGAUGGGUUUAUUGUGGUGCAAGAGAGCAAGGAAAUAUCUAAAAGUGGCCCGAGAUUAGAUGUCAGCAUUGCUCCGUUUGAUGUCAAGGUUAAACUUGUUGGAUUUGCCAGAGUUCUUGGUACAGGAUCUCCAACAGAAAUAAAGAUUUCUGACUCCGGUACAGAAUUUCCUGUUCAAGGAAAUCUAUUUGACAUUUCGUCGACUGGGUUGUACGUCUCAUCUCCAGAAGUUUUGGGAAAUUCUGAGGCGUCCUCAUUUCAGGUGAAAGGGUAGUUAGACCAUAGGUAUACAAUGAAUAAAUCAAAUCAGAUAAGUUCCAAAAUUUGAAAUGGCAAAGAGAUUCGUGGAAAAUAACUGCUUGAUGACGAUCUUUAUUGGACAUGGAUUAGAGUAAACUGGCCAAGGAAAGGAAAAAUGGAGAAAAAAAUAUAAGCAAUGCCUUGAGCAGUGUAAAUUAAUUGAACAAGGUAGAUAUAAGGCUCUUAGAUACGCUAUAAAACAUUCUCUAUUCCACAUUUCCAAUUUGAAUAAAAUCUAAUGAUGUUUUCAAUAAAUUUUUCCUUUCAUCACUUGAACUGCAAACGAUAGGCAAGUUAAAUAACAUACCUGGCAUCAUUGGUUUCAUAGACUUUUUUCAGUUUGCGAAAACAAUAGUCUCCCUAAAUUGAUCUCAGAAAUUUUUUAUUCUUUUGUUAAACGUAUUUACUGUUUGAAUAUUUUAAUCUCAGGCUUAUGGAUGUCUUCCUGGUAUUCAUGACAAGGUCCUCAGUGCAGUAGAUACGUUGAUCAAGGCAGCAGCCACAGAAGCAGAUAACUUCAUUCAUCAAGCAACAGACAACCUCAAAGAAGCUAAGAACUACUACCGCAAGGCCACAAAGAACGAAGAAUACUAUAGACAAAAGCUGGACGAAGAGGAGAAUAUUCUGAAUGAGAGAAACAGAGAAGUUUGGCUGGCAGAGCAGCGAUACAAUAGCAGCUGUAAAUUGAACCAGUGCACGAAGAGUAAGUCGUAGGGCGAACUUUCUUUCAAACUUGAAGUGUUUUGUUCGGCUUGUUUUUGUUUCAUUAUGUUUUGGUUUUUUGUUUGUUCUUUUCUUUUCUGUGGAGGGGAAAAUGUUUAAAAUCUUCGAUCAUAAUCAAUGCACAAAGGAUAGAAAAAGCAUUAUCGGAAGUUUUUUCACUUCUCUUUGUCUGUAUUUAGAGGAAGAGUUUCCUACCCUGCUAGCGGAAGACUCGUGCCUCUUCCUCUCUUCAAUGUUUUUUUUUUCGAAAUGCAGGCUGCAUUGGUUGCCCUGAUUGGAACAGAUGUUGCACUCGUGAUGUAUUUGGUAGCUGUGUUGAGUGUCCAUCCUGGAAUAAAUGUUGCUACAAGACAGGAGACCCCGUAUGCGUUGCAAGCAACCACGGCUGUGAUCACAUAAGAAGGGUGGCCAGCGGUAACCUUGAGGAUGCCAGAGUACGUAUAAAUGACUUGAAACCUAAGAUGCGAUUUUUCAUUAAAAUAUUUGUUUGAACUGUCUCCUUUUCUGUUUGCGAUCAAUUCAGCUGAUGAAUCUUCGAACCUUAUGAAAUGUUGCCAAUCUUUUUACUCUGCUCUUCGAUUGACCGUUUUAAUUAAUUUGCGUACAAGAAUUUAAUUUUUGGCAUUUUCACUUUUAUCAAGAGUAAACAACAGCACUUACUCCCUUUUUCGUUUACCUCCACUCCUAGGACAUCUAUUUCGACCAGAAACGGCGAGUGAACAACGUAACUCAAAGUGUUUUCGACGCUGAAUUUUCCAAAGGCAAAACAAAAGCAGUUUUGGACGCGGCUGGCAAGGCACUUUCGUUAAUCGAUCGGGAUUCCACCAUUGGUAUCGAGGCAUCAAAAUCUAUUAAACACGUUGGUCUAGAAAACGUGCUCAAAAUACAAAGCAUUUGUUUCCAGGCCCCCGUUGAUUCCUUGGCAACCAGUUGUAUUAAUAUGAGUGUGAAUGCUAGUGUCAUGGGCUCUGAUGAGGUCAAGACGCUACCCUUUCACGCAUGCCUCAACAAAGAAUUGGUUCCCCGGAUGGCACGGUUCCUGGCAAACUACUUGUUUCCAGAUAUUGGAAGUUCUAAGCAAAAGCGGAGCCUGAUAAAUGAGGAGAAAAACUCUUUGCCUGAAUCUGUCCGAGGGGAAGGGAAACUGACAACUUUCUUGAGACGUCGUGGAUUAGUAAGGAGGACAAGAGAUGCCGAAACAGCCGAUGAACGUGAAAAUAUUGAGCCGUUCUGGGACCUUAUUCAACAGCAUGAUCCCUUGAAGGAAGUGAAGAAGGGGGCACCUCCAAGUCACCCCAGCAUGGGAAACCUGAAGAGAAAGUGGAAGAUACCAGGUAUUUUUGUAUCACAGUACUUGAUUAUUGCUGCUGUCGUUGUUUUGUUUGUGCUUUUUUAGCUGUUAUUUUUGAUCAAGGUUAUGUUGUAGCCAGGAAUUUUUCAAAACUUUUUUCACAAUCUCCCUUUUAUGGCUCAAGAUCAUGAUGUUGUUAAGCUUUUCCGAGAGAAAGCCGCUUGUAGGGUAAAACAGAUCAUCUGAGGAACCAGAUUUGUUAACAGUAUUCUUAUAAAGUACAAAUACUGACUUACAAUACCCGCGAACACAAAAUAAAACAAACAAAACGAAACAUUUCGCCCAUUUUUUUUAGCUACAAAAACCGGGAAAUGCAAGAUUUACCAUCAGUUGCUGGAUAUUUGUCGCGAUAUGAUGAAGACAGUGAAGAAGAUGUACGGCACUUACAUGUAUGAGCGAUACCUUUUCGCAAAGGAAAAAGAUCACUUCACACGAAAGCUGAAGAGGGUCACGAAACAGCUCGAGAUUUCUGGUAUGUUUUGGCGUAACUACUUUACAGUAUGCAGGACGCGUGCCAUAGAAACUUUGUACUAGACCUCGCAUCGGAGCGCGGAAUCCGAAGGUCUGAGGUUCGAUUUCUCAUGGGGACUCAAAAUUUUUUCCUUGUCCCAUGCUCGUGACAAGACUAAUGGACAUCUUUCUCUAUCAAUUUAAUGUUUCCUCUCAUUGCUGCUGUUGUUCUGUCAAAAAUCGUCGCCAUCUCUAUGCAGAACAUUUAAUUUGAACUCUUCUUUUAUCAUACUGCUCUCGAAAUAGAAAUCCAUACUACUUUAUCUCAUAAUGUCUCUCUCUGCAUUUGAAUGAUUUAUUCGUUCUAUACCUUAUGCGGAUUUGUAGUUGGCCUUGAAUUAUCUUAACCGUAAAUGAAAGAUGGAGGCCAAGUCUUUUUAAGGCGAGAUUACAAGUAGAUUAUCUAUCUUUUCCUUUUUCCAACAGCUAGGCAAGUUUCUGGUACUGAAGACCAAAUGGAAAGAAUCAAGAGGAGUCUAAACUUUGUUAGCGAUGGUAAGAGAGGCAUCCUCAGUAUUUCAGUUGUUACUAUCCAAUUGUUCAUUUCCAAUGACUUUAAAUUCAGAGCAAAAGUGUAAUCUAACUUACAUGUGCAGCUUCAUUUGUUUCGUGGCCCGUGUAAUUGGUAGUUUUAAUGAACUUCUUACAUCAUUUUGAAAUCACUGGAGAUCCUUGCAAUCUGUUUGGCUCUCAUUGGUGCGAUUUAUUCACGAAUCGCACAAUUUUGGCUUUAAAUAGCAUAUUUUUCCAAGCCUAUGAAAAACCAUUGUUAAACACAACACCAAAUAUAUUUCAAGGCUUGUUUAAAGUAACCAAUCCAAAUUAAAGGAAAAUGAAAGACAAAUUUUGUAGUUGUUUACAAACCAGCUCAGUAUUGAUUCAAUAAAAAAAAAUCCUGGAUAUUUGAAAUAAAGUGGUAAUUUAACUUCGUGUCGAGCAAUUUUGGUCUGAAGUUAUACUUGUGAUUUCUAACCAAACUCGCGCUGCGCACUCGUUCGAUUUUGAAAUCACUCGUGGAUUUCAGACCAAAAUACACUCCAUUCAGUUCAAUUACCCUUAUUUAUCAAAAACCCAUAUUGUAAUGAUUUACGCGAUAAAUGUCUAUCUCGAAUAGAAACUGCCCUCAGUUAAACGUCGCAGAUACAGACAAAAUAAUUUCCAAUAAACGCCGCUCUCCAUUUCCAAGAAGCUGCUCUCAUCGAAAUAAUACGACUAUUCGAGGCCUAUAACGCAAACGAAAAUAAAUGCUAAUAAUAACAACAGGUACAUCACAAGUGGAUGAUCUACCCUAUUCAUGGAAAUUUAUAGUAAAAUAGAGUGAUUGUAACUAACGACACGCUUCUCUUUUACCUAAUUUUUUUAGACAUAAUUUACAGUAAUCGUUACGAAGUUUAAAAUUAACUCCACCCUUGAAUAAAUUUUCGCUUUUGAAGCACUGAAAAUUUUUUAAACGCCGAAGUUUUUGGUGGAGUAAAUACGAUGAUUGGGUUAAGUGAUCGAGUUCCCAAAUGAAACAUGGGCAUGGACCAUGCCCAUGUUUCCUUCCUGAAAUAUAAAAACCACUGCUUUUUUAAGUUCACAUGGAGCGAGUUGAAAUUAAGGGAAAAGGUUUCCUCUUGUGUCUCAGGCGUUCAGAAAUGGGAAAAGAAAUGUGAUGAAGCACUGAAGCAUCAAGAAACAAUCAGUGUCAAGGCUUGGGUUAAAGCCAUGGACAGCAGAAUAACUUCGCUUGGAGGGGAGGGUGUGGAGCGAUUUCUAGGAAAUCUGUUCCGUGCAUUCGACGGGUUGUUCGAGAGUUCAUCUCUCCCUCCAAAGGCAGCUGGAAAAGCUGUAACGAUCAUGCAAAGAGUGCGGCAAAUCAAAGCGGUAUGUGACAGCCUUAGGAGCCCGUUUGAGCCAAAUGGUAGUUUGCCAUUGAGAACGGUUUUCGUCUCCAACCUUCUGAGUGGUCUUUUGGGCCUCCAUCCAGUCAUAUCAUUAGAGACUUGUAUUUACCUUUUUUUAAGUAACCUCGAGAAAGCACAUAAUUUCAUCCCUACCAUAAAAAUUAUAUAUAUAGGCUUGCUCGUCCUAUAUUCCUGUAUUCUCAUGUUUGAGUCAGUCACAGUAAUAACAACGAAUAGAGACAUUUGUUGUUAGUCACUCUAAAGGGUUGUAAGGUUAACUUUUGUAACCUUUAAUCUACAUGAUUAUUUUUUCUCCUUUUUUGCAGGCGUUUAACCAGAUCUUCAUGAAAGACAUCACACUUGGUCGUGCAAACUACCACGCCGACAGAGUGCUCUAUGACAUUGCAGAAAUAGCCAACAUCAAAAUUUACUGUCAUAAGAAGAAGAAAUGAGCCCAAGGCUUUUGUUAUUAUCUGAUGACUUUGUACAAUAUAUUGACGGAGAGCUGGGCAGGAAAGCCGCCCCGCUUUCGUUCCCUAUUUUACACGGGCUUUAAUUCUAUUUUCAAUUGUUAAAAACGUUCAUAAAUAAUCUUCAGAAUGAUUUUGAAAAUCAUCUCUGCUUGUGGUUUAACAAGUUUGAGAAACGAUCUCGAACUUUCUCCGGACUCUCUCCAAGUUUUGUCCUGUUCAUCGCACGCUUAGUACUUAAAUUCGGGAAUACUUUUGUUAAAAUGGAUAGGCAUUUUCAUCCUUGUUGAAAGGUAUAGAUCUAUAUAUUUGCGUUCAAUCAAUAAUUCUGCAAUCUGACCGGUUAUAGCUACACUAUUCGUCAUUAAUUCCGUGAUGGAAAUUGGGUGUGGUGCAACUGAAAAUGUAUCUACACGAGAAGUGACCUAUUUUUAUCAUUAUUCAUUUACAACAGUAGCCUGUCUUGUUGAUAAGUUUUGAACUACUGGUAGAUUUAUACUAAAACAAUUAGAUUAUUUGCUCUCGACUUCAACGCGCGAUAUUUCAUCCACAACUAUCACGUGGUAGAAAUCUCGAAGUUCAUGGUCCAAUUGUUAGAUAGAAACCGAAGGUUUCGUAGAAGAAAAGGAUAGCUCAGAAAACCAACAAAGUAAGGGUCUAAUGCGUCAAUUAUGCCUUCAUUUUGAUCCAGCAAACUGUCAAGACGAGAGAGAAACAAGUCGCAGAUGAGCUGUCGACUUGAGUGCGCCAUUUUCAUUUGUUUACAUAAAAUAAGAUGUUUCGAGAAGACAAGCUUGAUAUGGUACAGCGUAAGAGCUGAACAAAUUCCCAGAAUACGAAACCGUUAGUUCGCAUUUACCAGAAAUACUUUUAUCUGAAAAGCUACUCUUAUCCCCAGAAAUUUUUAUUUAGUUCGUUAUUACGCCAGAUUUACAAAGGGACAAAAGACUGAUUGAAUAAAUAAAAAAAAAAAACCUUAGCCACCUCUUUUUAACAAACUAUUCACUUUAGUUAAUUUAUUUGAGCUCAUUCAGUGAGGAGAUAUUUGCCGCAAUUCAUCAAGAAGUUCAUUUGUACACUCUGGAAUACCAAAAUUAUGAUUUGGAAUUUUUUUCUUGUUUCCGAGCUAAACUGAACCAAUGGAGAAAGCUCUCAUCUAAUACAUAGUUUCAGAAAUGUCAGAAAAAUAGAAAUUUCAAAUUUUGUAGAGAAAAUAUCGAUGUACC